UGCUUAUCUUACCCUAUAAACGCAGUGCGGAACGUGCUGCGUAAAUAUCAAUGUUAUCGCUUGGAACGCCGAAACAUUCUUGUCCCUGCUCAUCUAUAAAGUGUUCACAACGCACGUCCCCCCGCAACAGCUUCUGUGGAGUAUCGGAAACCUCGCAAACCUAUCCCGACGUGCCGUGCUUUUGGGUCCUGCAAGCGCCGAAAACGACCGUCAUAUUUCGAGCCUUUCGAGUGGCCUCUGCAACAGCUGUGACCAAGGCAGGACCCAUACUGGACCAACAUAUGCGGAUAAGCCUCAAAAUAGUGUGAUUGUUAUUCGCACGGUCACCGUCGACGGGAGACGCCGUGAAAAUAGACUCCAAAGAGAAGUCGGGAAUUGUUGCUUUGAAUUUUUUUUUGUUUCAUUGGCAGCGCGUAGCAGCAGUCUUCUUUCGCUCGUUGAACUUUUGGGCUCGCUUCUUUCGCUAAAGGCGCGACGGGUGAUUCAUACCGCCGCCGUCGUCCCUUUGUGCGCGACAGUUGAGCGCUAGUGCACUGAAUCGCGAGCCAACCGACACGAACUCGAGUGAAGAAAGCUUGAUGGAUGUUGUGGAGUGCUCCCUGAGCUCCUCUUCACUGCUGCGGCGGCUGCAGAAGUCCCUCCACCGUUGCAGCGACCAGCAGCCGUGCUUUUGACCGUCACCGAAGACGCCGCGUCGGCGAACGCGACAUACGCUAUGCCCGUGAGCGCAGACUCUGGUGGUGUGAGGAUGCUGCUCCGAGCUGCACUGGCCCGGUGCUGCUCUGUGUCGCGCCUGGUGGCCGUUUUGGACGUGCUGGUGCUGCUGGUGGCGGUCAUCUUCCAGGGCUCGACGCUCGACUUCUACCUGAUUCAGCACAACCAGGGAUCGGUCGCCUGGUACUUCUGGUUUCUGGCCGACUUCCUCGUUCUCAUCGGCAUCAUGUCGGCUGUCUUCCUUGCUCGACGCCACUUCAGGCGGUCAGCACAGUCUCCUGACCAGCCAGACGAUGCCACACCCGAGCCUGAGCCCCCGCACCCAGUCCUGGGUCGCUUCCCGCUGUGCUACCUGUCCUGGCUGCUGUAUGCUCUGCUGCUGGUGGCCAAGGUGGUCCUGCUCUUUCGCAUGGAUGUGGCACAGAAGCUGCAGGACGACAACAUGUACGGGUCCCAGUUUCUCAAGGCGGUGUUGGCGGUGGCGGCGGUGGUCUUCCUGCUGCUCGUCGAGAGCCACAACGAGGCGGGCGCCAGCUCGGAGCAGCGCACGUACCUGCACUCGCUCUGCACGGGCACCACCUUCGAGGUGCUGGACAGCAUCACCUUCCUCGGGCUGCUGUUCCCCAACGAGACCCACCUGACGCUCACGUACCCACUCGAGAAUGCCGUGCUCGCGCUCACCUGCGUCAAUUUCCUGCUGCCCACCCUGGCCCUGUUCAAGUUGAGCCAGUGCGAGUUUGGACAGCUGCCGCGACCCCUGGGACUGAAGCUGCUGUACAAGGUCCUGCACAUGGGCCUCGUCAAUGUGCCCUACCUGGCCAUCCGCAUCUACCUCUGGAGCUUCUUCGGCCACGACGUCUCCCUCUUUCUCAUCAAGAACCUGCUCGGCAUCUACUCUGCGCUACGCACGCUCGUGCCCGAGCUGCGCCUCUACUUUUUCCUGCUCGCCAACCGGCGCCGAAGCCACACGUGCAUUGCCGCUGACCCCAUCGAGCUCAAGGUCAUCUGUGAAAAGGACGAUCGGCAUUGCGAUGACGACGGGGCGCCCAGCCCGUCGGUCGGGAACGUGCUCUAGCAGCCUUUGUGGAGGCCCCCCUGUUGAGGCCAUCAUAUAACUUUCCCUUACGUGGCUGACGCCGCUGUUGCUGUUUUCAGCACGCCGACCGGAGUGGACCUUUAUUUGUGAAGGCGUCGCGCUUUGUGCCUUUGUUGUGGACACCGCGACACCAUCUUAUCUGCUGUGGGCAUGCCUGGCUGGAAGUCUAUUUUUAUCUGUUUGCUUAAUUUGAUUUUCAAGUGACAGUGUAGACUCGAGUGAAUUUGCUUGUUUUCGGCGCCGAGGGUCACUUGUAGUAAAAAAAGAACAAAAAAGAGAACUACACAAGAAAGAACAGAAAACAAGCCCAGCUGGGCAUCAGCCCUGCAAUUGCAAGAUCCCGGGACCGCACAGGCCAGACCAGAGACGUCGCUCACAACACUGGAGCUUUGAAACUGCUAGAAUGGUGAAACUUGAGAAAGCAGGGCCUAUUUCGAGACUGCGCUAUCAUUUUUCCUGAUUCAAAACAACACUCAACUACUUGGCACCUUGACAUGGCAGUGCUUGCUGUGUAUCGAGCAUGUGCCUUGUCUGGAGGUGCAGUUCGGAUGCUACAUUCUCUCCGCUUGUCGAGGUUGCAGUCUCACACUCGGUCCUGUCCUAGGAAAGGUACUUCUGGUGACAUGCCACACGGAGGCACCUGGAGGCAGCCUUGAGAACUUCUCAUCGAUCAAGGCUAUCUAGUGAUAUCGCACUGUUCCUCCGUUGGCAACCUGUGGAAGCAUGGCUUGUGCAUUUGCCAAGACGUGGCUUCUUGCAGCUUUGUUCCAGACGCUACAGUACCCUCUUGUAGCCAGCUGUGUGACACUGUUUAUUUUCAUUUUGUUCCCCAACAAUAUGCCUGGUCAGUCCACUUAGUUCUAUGUUUGCGCCAUGUGUGAAUCUCCUACCCAAAUGCAUUGAAGUCGAAGGUGCAGGAAAGACCAUGUGAUGGCGACGAACAGCAUUUCGGGGACCACUGACCCAAGAUGUGGUAGCAGGGCAAGCUUUGUUGAAGCUUCCAUUUCCCCGCGUGUACUGCCGGGCUACUGCUAUUGCGUGUGACACGCACAUUGCAGAAAAACAGCUUGUCCUGCCAACAACUACUCUCAAAGCUUUUCUUUGAACGAUGCACACUUUGGAAUGGUGUUUGUCCAAAGUGGCACGUACCUAAUUCAUAGCCGGCACAAGCUAUUCUGAUGCGUCUUGUUUGAACAAGCCUCGUGCUUGUUAUAUAGGUCACUUUCUUGGCAGUAUUGUGUGCAUUGUUGGGCAAUGUCUCAUUUCUUUUUGUUUUUGAUGCGCAAGCUUUGGGUGGUCACUGCUAUCGAAAAUCGAUGCCACUUGCAGAGCCUGUGCCUUUUGGGAGAUGCAGUGCUCAAAGAUCAGAGAAUUGAUAAGAGGAUGUUAGAGUGUCCAUUUAAGGACAUUUGAAUGUAGAAACAGGUUGAUUGGAGCCUUCGAAGAAUGGCAUGCACCUAUCUGGUGCGAUUGCCCAACGAUUUUGCCAAAAAUGUGAGAGCCUUGAACGAUAUGCUCAACUUGCACCAACUUUGCGUGAUAUGAAGUUUCUGAGCGUUCCACUUUUUUUUUUUUUUUUAAUGCAUAGAACCUCACUAUGACAUUCCACGGAAGUUACUGCAAACAGCUCUGUGCUUUCAGACUAGUUACUGUUAGGCUCCGUAACCACUCCUGCCUCGAGCUGUAGCAGUUGCAUGCAUUCAUGUCAGCACAGAGCUCCGUUUUUGCCUGGAUCCUGUCGAAUAGUCCAGGUUCUAUUGAGAAUAUCGUGGAAGCCCAACUUCACUGAUCAAUCCUGUUAACAUCCACGACAGGUGCAAGCCUUGGGAGUGGUAAUAGAGCUACGUCUCGCCACAAAACGGUAGUAUUCAGCCUUUCAGUAGCAAGUUGUUGAUCCUGAAUUCUGGAGGACAGCAGCAUGCUUCCUUUGUGACAUGUUGAAGCAUCAUUGACGACUAUUGCUUGAAGACACGGUUGUCUCUUCAUAUAGUUAAGCGAUUGUUGACUCGGCAUGUAUUUAGAAAUAGAGUUUUAGACAUCUUUUCAGAAGUGUGUUGUCGUCAUACUUGUACAGUGAGCCACUAAAGUUCACAGGACACAGUUUGCAAAAAGGCUGAACUACCGUGAAGCCUGAGCACACAGACUCAAAUUUAUUGUUUCAUUGUGUGUGUCCUAGCCUCUGUGACCUGCACAGUGGUUUGUUAAACCCGUGCCCCAUCAAAUUUUGCGGUCAACUGUACACCUGAGAACUUGAUGCCCAAAUACUGUUAUUGCCUUUGUGUGAGAGCUAAUGGCAGAUUCAGAAGUGUCUACCACGGAGUGGCUACAAGUCCCAGAACAGCGUGUAGUGUAGUGUACUUGAGAUUACUUUUCCGUGCACAAGUUGACUUUUUGCAGCAUGGCGGCUGACCUGGAUCUACUUGUUUGACGUGCUGUCCUUUGCACAGGUGUCGAGUGUACGUGUUCAAGAUUUGCCAAGAGUUUCGAGAAAGUGUGAUAGUGCAUGUAUGGUUUGGAGGAGGCACAGCGGUGCCGAGUAGGAAAGUUUCACGUUGUGACAUUAGGCAUUCUCUACCUGGUCUUAAUUAACCACGGAUGCAUUCCACGUUCACACCUGCGAGUAAUGUCCAGCAGUUCACCCAACAAAACAAAAAGGACCGACACUGUUGCUGCUGCUUGCGGUACGAUACUCAGUUUAGUUAGCAUUGGCAAGUGUUGCGAGCACCACAAAGAUUACAGGAUGUGGUAAAUAAUAUGGUAGCUGUUCCAUCCGUCGUCUCUGUCACUACAUGUUGCGUACUUGCAAAGAACGAACAGAUACUGUUAAAAUAAUCAAAAUCUUGCUGAGUGUCUGUCUGUGUUUAUAGCACCCAUGCAACCUGAUAGUUUAUGUGGCAACGUUUAUCUCAAUGUUUAAUGAUUUUUAUGUGCUUAAAAGAGCCUUUAAAACAGAACGUAUUUAUAUAUCGUCUUGAGGUUGUCGAAAGUUUUACGAAUUCUCUUAAUAGCAGUCUGAUGGUGUUCUAUUUUAUACUCAGUUCGGGAGUCGUGAAUUGGUGAUGUGUAAUUUGUUUUAUCUGGCCAAGUUUCUGCGUCUCUUUCAAAGAUAUAUUUGGGCUAACCGGAAACCAGCAAAAUUUAUGCGAAAUUUUGUCAUUUUAAAAUUCAUUUUUAUGCCACCCGUGAAGGCUGCAAUUCAGGUUCUGUGGCAGCUUGCAAAAAUAGUCACACAGAACUAGGUGCGGCGUGCUUUUAACUUCUAAGCAUACUUAAGUAUGACGCUGCCGAAUUUAAACAGUAUGCUCACGUUGGUGAGAGUAUUAACCCCUAAUGCAGUGACCAAUUCCGAAAAAAAAUGUUACAAGUCCAAAAUUCUUUCAAGACCUGCGUAUUUUGCGCCACUUUUUUGCCUAAACUAUUUUCACAAAUUUUUUGGCGAAAAUUGCCUAGAGUUCAUGAUGAGUUGUCAUUGGAAGUUAAGGCGUCAGUUCUGUACUUGCUUCACAACAUGCUACGGCUUCUGAUUUACGCAGUGUCAAACAUAAUUGCAAUCACUUGACGUUUUGUCAUGUUAUGCUUACUCUUAAUUCCACUUGUCUAAGGCAGCCACUUAUAACAAGAUACGUAAACUUUGGCAAAUGGCUACUUGCUUUUGAGUGCAUGUUGGCAUUAGCUCUGUGUUUUCAGCCUGCACCAUGAUCAUAGAGAAGCACUGUGUUCACCUUUGGGGAACUGACCAUAGAACUGACCAUAGAACUUUGGGGAACUGACUGCAGUACUGUUUACAUAUGCAAACUGAAGCAGAAUUUAUUUGUUCUGUGGAGUCGCUGAUGUCCCUGCAGUUCCCGUUACUUACAAAUGCAUUGGAUGUAUGGAUGUGUAUGUUAGAAGAGUUGUACCUGACAGAACAUUUGCUUAUUGAUGUGAAGUUAGGACUGCAGUUUUGUGAAAGAUUUGCUAUUGUAAGUUCUGUUGUUUUGCCUCUCUGGCCCACUGUAGACAGUGCAUGAGAAGCUUGCGUGGCUCUGAUUCCGUCUUUGCAUGAGAGUUGUGCAUUUUGUCGUGUACAUAUUGCUUCGCUGUGUUCAUUGCUCAUUCAAGCAUCUCACUAACAUUUAAUAAGUGCUCAGGGGUUCUACACUUCCUUAUCUUUUUCCAUACAGGCUACUUUCAAGCACAUACUUGCGUAAAAGCAACAAAUUCAAGCAGCAGAGUGAAACAAUCCGCAUCAUAUAUAGUUUAGCCGUUGACCUUACCAAACUGCCAGAACCUUUGCUGUAUCUUCACUUAAGUCUCAAAAUCAACUUUCAGUACAGUGAAAGCUACGAGGCCUGCUAAGGCAUCACCGCGUAUUACGCAGCAGAAUGUAGUUCUAUGUUGCGGCGUCGGUUAUAUUGCCGAUGCACAUAAUCAAACACUACAUAAAUGUUUGUUUAUUUUCUGACAUCGUAAAUAACUGCGUGCAAUACGCUCCUUUUUCUGUACGACAGUGGAGUAGCACAGGCGCGGAUUGAUACCCCGCGGACUGAUACUGCAUAGAUUAUGAGACAAAGUGUAGGUGCGGUAUUGUAACGUGUCUGAUAUAUUUAAGUAUCUGUCAUCCAAAUCCGUCAAGGUAAACAAGUCAACAAAUCGUUUGGUGAUUUUCUUUUUUCUUUUGCGUCGGUACCCGAUCUUUCGUAUUUACCCGAGCGCUUUUACUAAGUCCGUCAAGAAAGUUGUACAGUGAGCAGUGAAAUAAAUGCCAAACCGAGAUGCCAAAGACAAAAAAGAACAAAAAAGAGAAAGUGUGUACGUAUUGCAGCGUUUAUUGCUCAUUUUACGGCAUUGUUUCACGUGUAAUAAAGGUUGCGAUUAACCA